AUGCACAGAACCACCCGCAUCAAGAUCACGGAGCUCAACCCCCACCUGAUGUGCGCCCUGUGCGGCGGCUACUUCAUCGACGCCACCACCAUCGUGGAGUGCCUGCACUCCUUCUGCAAAACCUGCAUCGUUCGCUACCUGGAGACCAACAAGUACUGCCCCAUGUGUGACGUGCAGGUGCACAAAACCCGGCCCCUGCUCAGCAUCAGAUCAGACAAAACCCUCCAGGACAUCGUGUACAAGCUGGUCCCGGGGCUUUUCAAAGAUGAGAUGAAGAGAAGACGCGACUUCUACUCUGCGUACCCGGUGGCUGAGGUGCCCCUGGGCUCGCAGGAGGAGCGUGGGGAGGUGGCCGAGCGGGACCAGGGCGCGGUGCCCGAGGACGACAUCGUCAGCCUGUCCAUCGAGUUCCACCGGGACCCCAGCGAGGAGCAGAAAGGAGCCGUGGAGAACGGGGACCUGGACAAGGACAAGGUGAGAAGCGGUCCCCUGGCACUCAAGUACCGCGUCCAGCCCUCCUGCCAGCGGCUCCGGCUGUGCCCGGCGCUGCCCUCCGAGGCCACCAACACCAGCGGCGCCUCCGAGUGCGAGUCGGGCAGCGACAAAGCGCAGAGCCCCGGGCUGGCAUCGCCCCCCGCCCUGCCCGGGCCCCCCGGGCCCGCCAUCAACGGCUCGGCCUCGAACUGUCACCCGCUGGCACCCAAUUGUCACCCGCUGGCACCCAAUUGUCACCCGAUGCCACCCAAUUGUCACUCGAUGCCCCCGGCCCGCGGCCGCAAAACCGCCCUGAACGGCAGCGCGGGCUCGGCCCUGAGCUAAAAACCCCCGGGGACUCCAAAAAAUCCUCCUGGGACUCCGGAAAAUCCUCCUGGGACUCCGGAAAAUAAUCCUGGGACUCUGAGAAAUCAUCCUGGGACUCU